AAGAAGAUUCCAAGUCUUCGGUGAUAAACACAAAAAACUCGGCCGACUGCGUUCCGCAGGCGGUCCAAAUCGCCGCCGCUCCGCUCCAUCAUCCACGCUCGCAUUAUCCAUCGCUUCUGAUUAAUUAAUUCCCCGUGACGCAAUCGCCGUGGAUUCUUCAGUCCUCACUGCUCCCGCCUCAAUCCUCAUUGCUCCUGCAAGUCCACACUGCUCGGUGCUGUGUGCGCGGUAAGGCGGAGCGAGAAGCCACCGGCCGGAACUCGCCAUGGGGCCACCACCGCCUCUUCCUCUCCUCCUCUUCGUUCUGCUGCUCGCGAUUCUCCCGUCGCCUCCAGCGGCGGCGGCGGCGGCGGGCGGGCCGUCCGCGUGGGGGGCGCUCCGCGGGGCGGCGGGCAGCCGCAGGGCGUCGCCGGCGGAGCAGGAGCGGGCGGCGGCCGGGGUGCUGCUUCGGCUCCUCCCCUCCCACGCGCGCAGCUUCAACUUCCAGAUCGACUCCAAGGGAAGCGUGUGCGGUGAAUCGAGCUGCUUCAGGAUAAGCAACGUCGUUGACAAUUCGGGCAAAGGCGGAGCGGAGAUUCUGAUCCAGGGAACCACAGGUGUUGAGCUCGUUUCCGGCCUCCACUGGUACUUGAAAUACUGGUGCGGCGUGCAUAUCUCUUGGGAUAAGACUGGGGGCGCACAAUUGGCGUCGGUCCCUUCACCUGGGUCUCUGCCUCGUGUGAAGGGCGAGGGUGUGAAGAUUGAGCGUCCUGUUCCUUGGAAUUACUAUCAGAAUGUCGUCACCUCUAGCUACUCUUUUGUGUGGUGGGACUGGAAAAGAUGGGAGAAAGAAAUUGACUGGAUGGCACUUCAAGGAAUUAACUUGCCUUUAGCAUUUACGGGACAGGAGGCUAUCUGGCAAAAGGUUUUUAAGAGUUUUAAUGUCACCGACAGAGAUUUAGAUGAUUUUUUCGGUGGACCAGCUUUCCUUGCUUGGGCCAGAAUGGGGAACUUGCAUGGAUGGGGUGGACCACUCUCACAAAAUUGGUUGGAUCAACAAUUGGCACUGCAAAAGAAAAUACUAUCCCGUAUGAUUGAGUUUGGGAUGGUCCCUGUUCUUCCAUCGUUCUCAGGAAAUGUUCCAGCUGUGUUCUCAAAAUUAUUUCCAUCUGCUAACAUUACCCAGCUUGGUGACUGGAAUACUGUUGAUGCUGAUCCUAGGUGGUGCUGCACUUAUCUUCUUGGUCCGUCUGAUGCAUUGUUUAUAGAAGUUGGGCAGGCUUUUAUCAAGCAACAAAUAAAAGAAUACGGCGAUGUAACUAACAUCUAUAACUGUGACACGUUCAAUGAGAAUACCCCACCCACAAAUGAACCAGCAUAUAUUUCAUCACUUGGUUCUGCUAUUUAUGAAGCAAUGUCAAGAGGUAACAAGAAUGCAGUGUGGUUAAUGCAGGGUUGGUUAUUCUAUUCAGAUGCUGCGUUCUGGAAGGAACCUCAAAUGAAAGCACUACUUCACUCUGUUCCAAUUGGUAAGAUGAUAGUCCUUGAUUUAUUUGCUGAUGUCAAGCCCAUUUGGAAAAUGUCUUCUCAAUUCUACGGCGUACCAUACAUCUGGUGCUUGCUACACAACUUUGGUGGGAAUAUUGAAAUGUAUGGCAUACUUGAUUCAAUUGCAUCUGGCCCUAUUGAUGCCCGUACGAGUUACAAUUCGACAAUGAUUGGUGUUGGCAUGUGCAUGGAGGGAAUAGAGCAGAAUCCAGUUGUUUAUGAACUUACGUCUGAAAUGGCAUUUCGUAAUAAGAAGGUUGAAGUUGAGGAUUGGUUAAAAACCUACUCAAAUAGGCGAUAUGGUCAAGCAAAUGCUGAAAUAGAGAAAGCUUGGAGAUAUUUGUAUCAUACAAUAUACAAUUGCACUGAUGGAAUUGCGGAUCAUAAUAAGGACUACAUAGUUGAAUUUCCGGACAUAAGUCCAAGUUCAUUCAGCACUCAGCUUUCUAAACGAAGGGGUAUGUCAAUUUCGAGUAACCAUAGGAGGUUUUUCUUAAGUGAGGUCUCUGGAAGCCUACCACAUCCACAUCUAUGGUAUUCCACAAAGGAGGCCAUCAAAGCCCUUGAACUAUUCCUCAAUGCAGGAAAUGAUUUUUCAAAAAGUAUCACAUAUAGGUACGACCUUGUCGACCUAACUAGGCAGUGCCUAUCAAAACUAGCAAAUGAAGUGUACCUUGAUGCAAUGCGCUCGUACCAAAAGAAAGACUCGAAUGGCUUGAAUUCUCACGCAAGGAAAUUUCUCGAAAUCAUCGCGGAUAUUGAUACACUACUAGCUGCUGAUGAUAAUUUUCUGCUGGGCCCCUGGUUGGAAAGUGCAAAAAGUCUUGCUAUGACUGAAAGUGAACGAAAGCAGUACGAGUGGAAUGCCAGAACACAGGUGACGAUGUGGUAUGACAACACGGAGACCGAGCAGAGUAAAUUGCAUGACUACGCCAAUAAGUUCUGGAGCGGGCUGCUGAAGAGCUAUUACCUUCCAAGGGCGUCAAAAUACUUCGCAUACUUGACGAGAAGCCUGCAAGAGAACCGGAGCUUCCAGCUGGAGGAAUGGAGGAAGGACUGGAUCUCGUAUUCCAACGAGUGGCAGUCCGGGAAGGAGCUGUACGGCGUGAAGGCCACGGGUGACGCUCUGGCGAUCGCCAGGUCACUGUACAGAAAAUACUUCAGCUAGUCGCGGCCGCAGCGUUGCUGCUUUGGUGUCUCUGUUGCCGGGGGGAAAUAAUGCACUCGUGUGAGAAAUUGACCUGUAUUCUGUGUAAUCCUUUCAAUUCACCCUUGCUUGGUUCAGGAGUGCUUCCGAACAAUGCGGAUUGCAACGUAAAUGUGAUGCGAAAGGCAGACGCAUAUCGCUGUA